CUCCCUACGAUCGCUGCUCACCAAGUGCCACUGCCGGAAUCACGGCCGGCAUCCGUCAUGGGCAGUGUCCUCUCCCUAUUUGGCGCAAAGAGUAUACUGAGCCGCGCGCGAGGUGACAAGACCACGUCGGACGUGGGAAUUGAUGCUACUCAGCAUCAAGCAAGCAUAACUGAAUGGGAACGUCCAACUCCCAUACAAGAAGAGCACCAGCCCAGCGCAGUGACGGGACACCGCCGCGUGGGUUCAGGCCCUGGACCCUCAAUGCUCAGAUAUGCGGAUGAUGAUAAUGAAUCGGUGGUCAGAGUCUCUGUUGGGCACUGGUACUGCUAGAGGCGCAGCUUUUGUAGGCGGACUUUCUGCCGAGGUGAUUGUACCCGAAGCUUUUGUGGGUGGGUUUGCAGUGGAAAGCACCGGGAAUGACUUUGCCAUCCAGUCAAGCAUUGGGUCUCAAAAUCUUCCCGUGAACCCUUCUCAGACACCCACCCCUCCUGAUGCUCCAAAUACGAGGUCUAUGAUUACCGAUCCCGAACUUCUUGACUGUGUUCAACAGUUGAACAUUGAUAGUAUCACAGGCACCAACAUCGACACCGACAACCCCCUCCUGAACUCUAUCCCCAAUGUAGAUGACCCUGGCAACAACCAAGAUCCCGCUCUUACCGUCACUCAAAAACAAGAAAAACCAGGAAAGUCAGAAAGGAAGAGGAGAGGACCCAAGAGUGUUUUACAGACAGCCUUUCAGAGCGCUACGCCCGGUGCACCUGAGACCACAUCCAAAGACCAACAGCAAACCUCUGUCCGCGCUCAAACACCAGGUCCUGACUCUCAAAACCCCACAGGCUCUGCAUCGGACCCCUUAGCCACUCUAGAUGGUCUAACACAAGAUGCCGCUGUUUCUGUGCAACGUGCGACGGAGGUAGACACAGACACAACGAAGCACGGGCACAUCCGUGGGGUGCAAGGAGCCGACUUCCCUGACAGCAGCCCCAACUCGCCGCCACCGCCCUUCAAGGAAGUGGGAACUCCCAUCGAGCCGACUCUUCUUACCCCAGAGCAGACCGAACGCGAGUCCCUGCGCGGGGAAUUCUUGAUGCGGGAGUUGAAGCAGCUGGAAGUACAUAUUGCGAAGGCAGAGAGUGGGACGGGGCGGGGAAGUCCAAGUGCAUUGAGUGUGGAGAGGCUGAAUGGGCUCAGGGAGAGGCUUGGGAUGGUCAGGGAGAGAGUCGAGAAGAGGGUUUAUGAAGAUUCCUCCAUCGAACUUGGAACCCCACACCAACUUACCCUUUCAGGUAUCGAUGGCCCGUCGGCCAUUGACCUUGUACAUACCGCCAUUGUAGAUCUGCUCCUGGAAACGCCCCAUGCAGAGCCAUUAACGGUUGUUGGAUAUAUCAACAAGCAGAAGAAGGCAGGCGGAAAGGCAGGUGAUUUGAAGAAUAUUGUUGUAGAUUGGGUGAAAGAGAACAAGUUCAAAGUCCGGAAUGACCCGGGGACGCCAUUUAUUCUGAAUAUCACAUUUUAAAUGUUCGUGUUACACGCCCAUUGAAUAUCGUGUCCACAGCGCUUUCACCACCGGUGCGUGUUGUGUUCACAACGACCCCCAUACAUGUUUUGUCUAUGUGGAUCUUAUCGCGAUUUAUGUCAAUUAUUCAACCGUGCAAGUACC